AUGGUACUGACUGUAUUUUUAAUACCAGCUAAAAAUGUUAAAGGAAGCUUUCAUUUACCAUUAGGCACUCAGCUCUUGUAUAUUUUCAUUGAUAGAGAACAAGUAUUACAAAUAAGAAAAACAGCUACCUCAUUGAAACAAUCAGUAAAAAAAGCAUCAAAAUGGCGGCAAAAAAAUAAGGUCGCUGACAAGUCACAAGACUGUUCAAAAAAUGACAAAAUUCCAGAAAAUAAAAAUAUGUUCACGGUUGAAGAAGAAGAUACUCCAGAUAGUAACAGUGGUUCAAUCUGUAGUAUGCCAGAUAUCGUGAAAGAAUCUAUUAUCAAAGCAGAAAAGAGAUUAGACAAAUUUAAUGCUGAAAAAUGUUCUUCUCUAGAAUCGUCUUUGAACAAAAUGCCGAAUUUCUCAAAACUCGUUACUUUAAGAAAAGACACAACAAGGUAUCAGAGUCUUAGGUUGUUGCCUAAAACAAUAAAUUAUGACAAUUCCAAACAUAGUGAUAAGUAUAGAACACUAUGUGACCCAUAUUUCCCAUUAUUACGUGAUGAUGACUUUGCUGUUUCAAAAGCACUAUAUGACAAACAACUAUCUCAACAUUAUACUGAUCUUGAUAUUAAAGUACAAAAUGAAAAAGAAAAAAUAUUAAAAUCAAAAAAACCAGUUCGGCCCACUUCCAUACCAUUGAAUUUACAAGCUAUUGAUAGAAAACCUGCAAUUAAAGAAGAUACAAUGACACCUUUGAUGGCUAAACUUAGCAUGGCAGAAUCAUAUAAUUUUGCCACACCUACAGAGAAUAUAUGUAGAACUCCUACAAGUUUUCAACCACAAAUUAAUACUGCCRGCCAACAACAACUGUUGUUAUUUGUUGCUGGCUUUCAAAAUACUUCAAUAAUGGUGUUAUUAGAAAAAGAAGCUGAAAAUGAUGCUGAGCUUAUUCAUCUAUUAUGGAAUUUAAGUUUUAAUAAUCUUGGAGACUUGGAACACWCCAUAAAUAAUACAAUCACAAAUGUCCCAGAUGCAUAUAAUUUUCAAAGUACUGAUGAAACUUAUGGCUACAUAGUAAUGGAUAUGACCAAUGCUGGUAUG